AUGGCCUCACACGACUCUAUCCCACCGUCAAAGGACGCUUCGACAACACUCACGGCCGUUCAGGAAAACCAGACGAUAUCCUCUCAUGGCCUGGAGGCAAUGCCCAAACCGCAUGCUCCUGAAGCAAAUAAUAAAGUACACGAGGUUCGGCCAAUUCAUGGGUGGAAAUGGGUAGUGUCGUGUCUCUCGAUCUACACGACAGCGCUACUCUACGGACUCGACACAACUAUAGCAGCAGACGUACAGCCAAAUAUUGUCAAGUCACUCGGAGAGAUAGAAAAGCUAACCUGGGUCGGUGUCGGGUUUCCUCUCGGUUCUGUCGCGAUAAUUCUACCCCUGGGUUAUGCCUACGGCCUCUUUGAACUCAAAACCUUGUACCUGUCUUCUAUCGUGCUGUUCGAGGCCGGCUCUGCUCUGUGCGGUGGGGCGCCGACCAUGGACGCCCUCAUCGUGGGCAGAGUCAUCGCAGGGGCUGGUGGUGCUGGAAUGUACCUUGGUGUCCUGAACUACCUGGGCGUGUUUACCACGCUGAGGGAACGUAACUUCUACAAUUCCCUAGUCGGCCUUGUUUGGGGCCUAGGCAGCAUAUUGGGACCCUUGGUCGGAGGCGGCUUUGCCGUUUCUUCGGCGACAUGGAGAUGGUCGUUCUACAUCAAUCUUGUGCUUGCUGCCGUCAUGGCCCCAUUUCUGGUCUUCUACCUUCCCACAAAUUCGCCAAAGCCAAAGGAGACCUUUGCCAGCAAAAUCCGCAACGUCGAUUGGGUCGGCAUGGUUCUCAUCGCAGCCGUGUAUUCGACGUACACCAUGGCCCUCACGUUCGGAGGGGCGCAGUGGGCGUGGGACGACUAUCGAUUCAUCGUUAUGAUCGUGUUCUUCGGCAUAGCACUGAUUGGCUUCGUCGUCAGCCAAUACUUCACGGUCCUGACGACCAAGGAGCAUCGGCUCUUCCCCGGCCACUUUCUCUUGCGAAGGAGCCUCAUCCUUCUCUUCAUCGGAACUUCGGCCUGCAGCUGCACGCUCUUCAUCGGCGCAUACUACAUCCCGCUCUUCUUCCAGUUCGCCCGAUCUGAUUCCGCAAUCAUGGCGGCUGUGCGACUUCUGCCAUUCGUUUGUCUCGCCAUAACAUUCAUGUUGCUGAACGGCGCGUUCUUGCCAAAACUUGGGUACUACAUGCCUUGGUAUUUUGUUGCUGGCGUAUUCAUGACCGCUGGAGGUGCGUGUAUGUAUACCAUUGACUCAGGAACCUCACCAAGUCGGAUAUACGGUUACAGUGUGCUCCUUGCUAUCGGCUGUGGAGCGGCCAACCAGAGCGGGUACUCCAUCGCAGCUGCAAAGGUCAAGCCGGAAGAGAUUGCUGCCGCAAUUGGUUUCAUCAACGUGGCCCAGAUCGGGAGCAUAGUCAUAUCGCUGACUAUUGCCGGCAGCGUCUUCCAGAAUCUGGCUUUCAAUAAUCUACAGUCGGCACUUGCGGGCUACGGAUUCACAGAGUCUGAAUUGCGCAGUGCUGUUGCGGGCACGCAAUCGGCCGUCUUCCGACACAGCUCAGACGCGGUCAGACAACUGGCCGUCGCGGCGAUCAUCAAAGCCAUGAACAGUGUUUUUAUCCUGACCAUCGCGGCGGGGGCGGUCACAAUGGUGAGCUCGGUUUUCAUGAAGAGGGAGAGGUUGUUCCUACAAGCAGUCGCAGGUGGAUGA